GAACUCUAUACUUAAAUCAUUUUCACCAAACGCAUCUCUUUCAUUUAAAUCAUGUUCGCAGCCACAGGUCUUGCACCGGCCGUCAUCCUUCUAGGAAGCGGAUGGCUUGUUGCUGCGAUCGAUUCUCCAUCUACUUGUCAAGCCCAAGUUGCAGCAGCUACACUCACUCCGGGACAGCUUGGCGUAAGUAACAACACGCCCACAAGAGGAGUAGGAAGUUUUUGUGAGGACACAAUUACGAUUAAAUCUGAUGGCGAAACCCCAGGCGUCGUUAUUAUCGACCAUGGCGUAAAUGUUGGAGGCCUCCCAACCUUUCAAGUUGUUUCACAUUCUGGCGAUACAUCUAUCUUUGAGAUAACCUACAGCGAGACUCGAACAUUGCUGGAUAACUACAUGGGCGAUGGUCCUUUGACGCUGGCUGCAUCACUUGACACAUAUAGAGUAAAUCGGUACAAUAUCACCAACGACACCACGUUUACCAACCGCUUAAUCCAGGGAGGUGAACGCUACCAGAAGCUUAAUCUUUCCACGGCUGGCGAACUUUUUCUCAAAAAUGUUGGCAUUAUCUCAAUGACAUCUACCACCCCGAUAGAUCGGUUACCUGGGUCUUUCAAAUGUUCAGACGACCGAUUGAAUCAAAUAUGGCAGACAGGGGCGCGAACUGUGCAAUUAAUGGAGAUUCCAGCACAAACUAUACCUGACUUUUAUCUGGUCUCAGAUCAGGGUCUUUUUGCCGAAAAUCAAUCCCCACAGCCCUAUUACAGUGAUACUUCACCGUCACUGAUGGAGUAUCAGCUCGAUUUCUCAGUCAUGCCAACAAAGGGCGGGUUUGGCUACACAGUACUCAGCGAUACGCUGGGCUCUGGUAUCUACAUAUUCGUCAAUUUAGCAAAUUCUUCUAUCUCGGCGCACGUCGGAAGCACUGAAAGAGACUCGCCCGCUUUAGCUUCAGCUACUCUGAAUCCAAACUUCGCCUUUGAUGAGUGGCACAAAGUCUCAACAUUCGUCAAUAUGACGCAGAUCGAGGUUAGCAUUGAUGAUCAGCCAUUAAUGAACUUUACACAGACUUCUGCAUUUGCUGGGUCUUUCGGACUUGGGGCAUCGCUGGGACAAGCAGCAUAUUUCCAAAAUGUGACGUUACAGAGUCUUCAAGGACAUCCCAUAUACUCUGCUAGUCUCACACAAUCGUCUGUACUGAAAGACUUUCUUUCGGGGACAAAUCCGGAUUCUAUAAGUGUCGAAGGCGCACGCCGGGACCGUAUCUCGUACGCUGGAGAUUUAGAUAUUGCUGUUGGGCCAAUGUUUGCAUCAACCAAUGGUAUUGAAUUUAUCAACGGAACUUUGAAUCUAUUAGCUGCCUCUCAACUACUCCCUGGCUUCUUUGUUCCGAACGCGAAGAUACAGCAAUCUCCUCGCACUUCCAUAAUUCAAUCGAACCAGACAGGCCUUAUUGGUUACUCAUUCAACCUGCUCACCGCCAUGGCUGAAUUUCAUCUUAUGACUGGCGAUGAGGAUUUUGCAAAGCGUUGGGCGCCAAUAAUAGUCAGAAUGCUGGAUUGGUCAAAUACGCAACUGGAUUCAUCGGGCUUAUUCAAUGUAUCUACAAUUUUUGGCGGAGAUUGGAACUAUUACGACCCUUCGCAAUCUGGUGCAGUAGCGAAAUUUAAUGCUGUAUAUGCAUUUGCUCUGCAGCAAACUCUACCCUUGCUCAAUGCCGCAAAUGUUACCACAAAAACUUAUGCGGAUCAACUUGUGGCAUUGAAAUCGGCAAUCAAUGAAAACUUGUGGAAUUCCACUCUGAAAGCUUACCAACUUUCUGAUUCCGUUCAAGAUACGUUUGCGCAGGAUGCAAAUGCCUUUGCUGUCUUAGCAAAUGUACCUCAGGGCAACAUCACUUCUUCCACGAUCCUAUCGACCAUGUCAAAGGAACUGUUUUUACCUGCAGGUUCCUUAGCAUUUUCCAAUGCCAGUGCUGCACAUGGCUUCCAGCAACUCAUCAGUCCUUAUUCCUCAGGAUAUCAUUUGCGCGCUGCAUUUGCUGCCAAAGAUGAGGACAGCGUCAAACAUCUCCUUUUCACACUUUGGGGAUCUAUGGCCGACACAUCCAAUGCAAACUACACUGGUUGCUUCUGGGAGACUCUGACUGCAACUGGUGAACCUGGUCUGGGAGCAGCUACGUCUCUAUGCCAUGCUUGGUCUUCCGCUCCAACGGGUGAACUGAGCAGAAAUGUCCUUGGAAUUCAGGCUGUUACGCCUGGAUUUGCGCAGUGGGAGGUUUCGCCACAAACUCUCGGGCUGAGUUGGGCCAACGGUACACACCCCACACCACAUGGAGAUUUAGCAGUAUCUUGGACGGUUAGUGCAGAGGGGAAAUUCCGUUUGAAUGUCACCAGUCCCAGCGGAACGAACGGAACUGUAAAUAUUCCUGUGCUUUCAGGCGGUCGAAACGUGAACGCAACAUGGCUGCUGAAUGGGGAGGUGGUGCAUGGUUCGAGAUUUUCUGUUAAUGGCGGCGAGGUAUUCAAGUUGAUUCAAACUUGUUAGUCGAAAGUAGCGAUUUUGUUCAGUCACCAUUGUGACGGAACAGCCGGCCCAGCUGAUUUCAUAUCACAUUACUAUCACUAAACCUCAUUGUAUAAUUUACAUCCUGUAAAAUAAUAACCUUGCCGUAGCUUGGAAGCUCUCUUCA